CAUGUACAGUUCUCAGGAGCUUAUGGAGUUUACUGUUGAAUCAGAAGGGUUGGUUUGUGUGUUUAACAUUUAACUACAUUCCUGGAAAAUAUCCAUGUGCAAGGACCCAAGCAGUUCUCCCAACAUGAGAAUGGAUAUAAUAGAGAGUAUUGACAGCGGCGGAGCGAUUUCAAAAGGUUUAAAGUAACCACACAAGAGCAAGACCACAACGCAAAGAACUGAAGACAAGAAUUCUUUUGCUUGCUGGUGCCGCUGAAAAUAUGGAAGAUGACAAUAACUUAGACCUGCUAGCCUCCCUUUUAGAAGAGAGCGAGGCAGCUACAGAGCAAAUCUCUGAAGAAAAUGGAAUAAAUCCAACUGUCACAGGAGAGCCCGAUGAGUACGAUGAGCUCUUUGAUGCAGAAGAUGAUGAAUCCUACACUGAGGCAGUGGAGACUGAUGAGGGAGAAUCGAGUGACCACAAGGAAAAUGUGGCCGAGUUGUUUGGAGAUGUGGAUGACCUGUCUGGAGAGGAGGGAGAAGCAACAGCUGCACAGGGAGCAGCGGCUGAUCAGGCAAAGGAGAAGGCCAAUCAACAUCUGCAAGAUGAAUUGAGAAAAUUGCAAGAGCAGAUGAAGAAACUGCAGGAACAGUUACAGAUGACAGCAAUAGGACAGCCAGUUAAUACUGUUCCUAGCAAGAAAACAUCUGGUAAAUCCUCUGCUGCCUGCUUAAAAGAAUUUAAGUCUCCAAAACUUCAAGAAUCAACAUUUUUCUCAGCCCAACUGAACAGCCCUGCUUUGCUGCCCUCUAAAAGCCAGUGCCAGAAGCCAAAACCUUCAGGGAUUAAAAGCCAUGCUUCAAAGCCACCUCCAGGUUUAGUGCCUCAGCCUCUUAAAUCUGUUACCGGGAACAGAUCUGGUGUGGCCACCAGUCAGAAAUCUCAAGUGCUAAAGAGUUCUGGGGUAAAUAAUCAUGAAGUCUUCCUGGAAGUCUACUCUGGGCUAAGAUUAAGAAAACCCCGUGUCUCCUCAGUUGACAUGGAAAGGAAAAUGGCAGGCCGGACACUUAUUAGACUUUCUCAGUUACAAGAUAAGCUUCCUUCUGUCAAUCUUGAGGAAAUGGACUGGGUAACAUUUGGUGUCAUAAUAAGAAAAGUCACUCCUCAGAGCUCUAAUAAUGGUAAAACCUUUAGCAUCUGGCAGUUGAAUGACCUCCGGAACUUCAACAGAUACGUCUCCUUGUUUCUCUUUGGCAACGUUCACAAAGAGCACUGGAAGAUAGACCAAGGCGUGGUCAUAGGGCUACUCAAUGCUAAUCUCAUGAAACCCAAAGAAGGAUCCGAUGAGGUGUGCCUGUCUGUUGAUCAUCCCCAAAAGAUCUUACUUUUGGGUGAGGCCAUGGACUUGGGAACCUGCAAAGCCAAGAAGAAAAAUGGAGGACUGUGUACACAGUUGGUUAAUCUGCAUGAAUGUGAAUAUUGUCAGUAUCAUGUACAAUCACAGUACCAAAAGCUGAGUUCUAAACGGGCAGAUCUGCAGUCAACCUUCUCAAAUACCCGGGCUCCAAAAAGAACAGCAAAGAAGAACCUCAGCUUGAAAGAAAGGCUUUGUCAGGAUGGGUUUUACUAUGGAGGGGUUUCUUCAGCUGCUUAUGCAGCUUCUGCUGCAGCAGCUGCUGCUCCUAAGAAGAAAAUCCAGACCACGCUGUCCAAUUUGGUUGUGAGAGGAGCUGAUGCCGUCCUCCUGGAAACAAAGCGAAAACUAGGUCUACUAAAGGAACCUUUGACAUGCUCAGAAGAAUUCAAAGAAUUGUUAUCAAUGCCCUCUUUUGGAGCAAGAAACCUAAAUAAGCACUUAGCUAAAGCCAGCUCAUCAGCAUCUGCUGAAAAGCAGACUCCAGCUUUCCAGUCCAUCUCGGCUUCAGCACUGCUGAAGCAACAAAAGCAGAAGAUGCUGGAAGUCAGGAAAAGAAAAUCUGAAGAGUUACAAAGGAGGUUUCUAGAAAGUACAACUAGAGAAAAUGCAGCAUUAACACCACUUUCCUCAGGACUGUCUGCAUUUCAGUCUCCAGUUCCAGGAGCUGAGUUUCCUAAGGCUGCAAAGCUGUCAAGUCCCCAAACUCCUAGACUUGCAGCAGGCUUCUCUGAAGGAGAUGAUGUCCUCUUCUUUGACAAUUUGCCUACUCCAGCCCCCAAACUGAAUGGCUUGGCAGAAGCUAAAAAGAUGGCAGCUAUAAGUAAAUUGCGUGCAAAAGGCCGGAUCCUUUCCAAAGAGGACCCAAACACUAUCAAACGGAAACGAUCUGAUCUUGAUGUAUUGGAGAUUGCUGAAAGAGUUGAGAAAAAUAUCCCUGUUUCAGAAGACACUGAAGCUGCUGAACCUGCAGAAAAGAAGCGGCGCCAACAGCUUGCAUAUUUGGAGUCUGAUGAAUUUCAAGAGAUCUUGAGUGCAAGAUCCAAACAUACAGGUAUCCUUAAAGAAUUUGAGGCUGAGUUGCAGGAACGCUAUUUUGAUCCCUUAGUGAAAAAGGAGCAAAUGGAAGAGAAGAUGAGGAGUAUCCGAGAACUGAAAUGUCGUGUUGCGACUUGUAAAACAUGUAAGUACACUUAUUUCAAACUACUGGAUUCAUGUGCGGAGCAAAAGCACGACUAUCACUGGCAUGAUGGCAUAAAGCGAUUUUUCAAGUGUCCAUGUGGGAACAGAGCUAUAUCGCUUGACAAGCUUCCGAAAAAACAUUGCAGCCAUUGUGGACUCUUUAAAUGGGAGCGUGAUGGAAUGCUCAAGGAAAAGAAAGGUCCCAAGAUUGGUGCAGAGACUCUUUUACCCAGAGGGGAAGAACAAGCCAAAUUCCUCAACAGCAUGAAAUAAUUGUAGAAAAUGAUUUCUCUUCUCUGCAUUGCCUUUUUAAUUCAUCUUGUGUCUGGUAAAGCUCUACCUUUCAAAAUGGAGAACAAGUCUUGUCUUUAUCAAAAAAUAAAAGAAUUAACCUUUAUCAUCUAACCACCCUUCCUCCGGAAAUACAGAAUAACCCUCUGCUUUGAGCCUUCUUUCUUUGAUUUGAAAUGUUCAAUAUGCAAACCUUAUGAAUUUUGAAGAGGAGCCAAUUUUCUUUCGCUGUAAAUGGUAUAUUUACCAAGAAUUUUGAAGAUAAUUCCUUGGAACUGCCAUGUAAUGACAGUCUUCUCCUGACAGUUCCUGUACACGUGACUGUAGCCAACAAGUAUUUGGCUGUAGCAUCUGAAACUACCUCAGGAGUGCUAUGAGAAAUAUUUAUCAAGGUACCAAAUCUAGAGAGCAAGGCUUUGCAAUACCUGAAAUACGAUACUUUUCAGAUUUCCAUUCAAGAUCAUUUUUGUUUUCCAACACCAGCAGCCAAAUAUGUGACUGUUGUACCUCACUUUGCUAAUGUGCUGGCUAUGCAAUGUAUUUUACCAAAUCUUGAUCUAGAUUAACACUGUCUUGAGUUUUUAAUCCUUCUAUUAGACAGAAAAUAAGUAUUUUUUAUUUUAGUAAAGCAAAAUAUUUUCUGUUGUCUUUAUUAAAAAAAACCCCCUCUUAAAAAAAUCUUUAACGUUUGUGUCAUGCCUGGUUACUUUUAUUGGUAGUUUAGAAGGUACAUAGUAUUUUAGAUAAGGAAUUAAAGCAUUGGGGUUUUUUUUGCAAAAUGUUAGGAAAAAGUGUAUUUCUCUCCAAAGAUUUGUUUCAUUGGAAAUUACAUUUUUAUUAAAUUCAGCAAAAUCAUUGGGAUCUCAAAAUUGGCCAAAGUUGUGUGAAAUAGAAUGAAAAGUUCAUAAAGUAAAUGUUCUGAACAACGCUCUAAGUUGGCUCUUUGGCCUUACCUUAUGUCAAAAAUUGGAUCAGUAACUUGAACUGUGCAUCUGUAAAGUUCAUACUCAUGGAUAUUUCACCAAUUAUUACCUUUCAGUUUUCCCACAUGUACCAUAUGUACCAAAACUGAUUUUUUAGCUAAUCAGUUGACCAUACAACUAGGCUUGUGGUUACUAGAAUGUCUUGAGGAAUGUAAAUAUCUAACUAUGGUGCUGUGAUUAAAAUGUUUACCAGUCUGAUAUGAAAGCUGCUGUAUUUGCUGUGUAGUAAAUGUUACUAUGGGCCUAAGGAGGCCAGCAUAUGCUGUUAAAACAAAUGCUAAUAAAUUUCACUCGAAGGCAA